AUGCCUAUAAAGCGAAAAGCCGCGUUGGCGGAGUCGGGGAUUGACAGGAACAACGACAACCACUUUGUCUAUGCACCACCUGAAGACAGCUCAGAGGAAGACACGGCACUGUCCGAGGAGCCCGCAUCUAGCUCCCCCGAAGUCUUGAAGGGACGGACAGGGAAGACUGCAAACUCUCCAGCUAAGCGUUCGGCAACCACUGCUGCGGCGUCACGCUCGAAACGCCAAAAGAUUACAAAUGCACCGUCGCUUGAACAACUCAAAGCUCCGGAAGUCCAACCGCCCGAUGACCUCUUCGGCUUCCCCUCCUCGAGCUCGCAGAAGAGAAGGCAUAACAAGGUCUAUGGGAAGAAGUUUGUCAAGAUAGAUCCGAUCGAAGACGAGCUGGACCCGAGCGAUAGGAAGGACCAAUUCAGCGCACCAGAGACUGUGGAAAUGCAUGUGAAAUCUAUCACAAAAACAGAGUUCCAACUCGUUGAUCAUGCGGCUGGACUUUCACCCAUGAGAAUUAGAACAAAGACAGAUCAGAAGUUGGCCGCUCUUGAUUCACCAGAACCGACGGCGAAGUCGACCAAGUCCCAAUUCCAGAAAUUUGACCUGCCUGACUUCCCUUCGUCCAACGGGACGGAGAAUACCAAUUCCUUUGACGUUUUCGAAUCACCGGCGAAGGAAAGCCGCAAAAGGUCGGGUUCGACCUCGUCACUAUCUUCGGUCGACGAGUUGGCUAUCCUCGCACAUGAACAUGACUUCAAAGCGGAACAGCAGCCAAGGACUACGGGAAUUUUGUGCCCAGUAUGCGAGAAGCCGGUGCAUGAUUCUGUUACUCUAUUUGUGCCGGAUAACCUGCGGACGUUACCGUUUCAACUCCAACAGAACUUCUGUUCCCGGCAUCAGGUUGCUGAUGCAAAGGAGGAGUGGGAAAAAAGGGGAUAUCCAAAGAAGAUAUACUGGGAGGAGUUGGAGGACUUCCGGAUACGUGAGAAAAUACCUAGUCUGAAGAUGGUCAUCAGCCGACAAGCGCCUUGUUUCUAUCUGGGCGAACUGGACGCUGAAAUCAAAGCUGCGAAGGGCAACCGUAGGAAGAUUCGCAACUACCUCAACGAAGGUCUGAUCAAUGUGGCAAAAGCAGGUUACUACGGGCCGAAAGGAGCACGUAUUAUGACUAAUGCAGUCACCGCGUCACUCACUGAAACGCUGAAUAUGGCUCUACAGUCUGACCCGGCGCUCAAAGCGGCCGGUGUGGGCGCGUAUGUGAGUGCUGUCUUGGUACCUGAAUUGACUCUCCGGCUUGUCAUGGACGAUAUGAGCUUGAAGACCGCCAAGGAGGGCAGAAGGGUGUUGGACGAAAGCUCUGACAUUGGCGUGCUGUUAAACCCAGAUGAUGAUCAGGUCCGGCUAAACCACGAAGAGGAUUGA